CAAACAUGACUGAAGGUAACUGGCGUGUUACGACAGUUGUUAGCGUUACUUUUAGAUUUCUUUUUCCUUUUUCUUUUUAUUAGCGCUUUUCAGAAGAACCUUAAUUACGUUAUAAGAAGCCUUCAAGAGAUGUUUUACUCUCGCCGUAUUAUUUAGGAAUGUUUUUUCGACGUUUGUGUAUUUUUUGGUUCGCAGUACACCAACAAAGUAGCUAGUAUUUAGCUAAUCUGAGCAUCUUCCUGCUCCUGUGUAUAUAAUGUGAUGCUGAAUUUGACCCACAUAUUUGGCUGUCACAGCAAAACACACGUUGACCAGUCAGAUUUAAGGACAUUUCACUGUGUCUUAGUUAAUGUCACAAUGUUAGUCACCUCCGUUUCUCGGCAGUUUUUGGUCAGACAGUGAUGUUUAGACUGACUGGUCUUUUCAGAGUAGUACGCAGGAGCCUUUGCAGCGCCGCCGACGACAUGCCCAAGGGGAAGUUUUUCUACGCUGUAAGGAAAGGAGUGAAACCAGGAGUCUACACUUCAUGGGAUGAAUGUAAGAGCCAAGUGGAGAAAUUUCCAGCUGCAUCUUUCAAGAAGUUUGCAUCGGAGCGAGAUGCCUGGGCGUUUUUCAGAGGAGUCGAGCCUCCUUCAGCUCCAGAGGUCAAGAAAGUCAUUGAGAAGGUGGAAUCGGACAUCUCUCUGCUUCCAAAACGAGGCCCUGAGCCACUGGAGUACAUCCCUCUUGGCAAGAAGAGAUGUCUCUCAGAGGAGGAGCCAGAGCAUCAUUCUAAACGAGUCAAACAGUCGGAAAGCUCAUCAUCAGAAAGCACAGAUGGAUUCACAUAUAUGGGUGACGCUGUGGUUGUUUACACCGACGGCUGCUGCUCAGCCAACGGACGGAGCAAAGCCCGAGCUGGCAUCGGCGUGUACUGGGGCCACAACCACCCACUAAAUGUCGCAGACCGGUUGCAGGGAAGACAGACCAACCAGCGCGCAGAGAUACAGGCAGCCUGCAGGGCGCUGGAACAGGCCAAAGAAAAGAACAUUAAGAAGUUGGUUCUCUACACUGACAGCAAAUUUACGAUCAAUGGCGUGACCAGCUGGGUGAAAAACUGGAAGCUGAACGGCUGGAGGUUGAAAUCUGGAGGUCAGGUCAUCAACAAAGAAGACUUUGUCAAGCUGGACAGAUUAAACACACAGCUGGAGGUGGUCUGGAUCCAUAUUCCAGGUCACGCUGGCUACAGAGGCAACGAGGAGGCCGACAGACUGUCAAGAGAAGGAGCAGCGAAGCCUCUACCGCAGCAGCACGAGGAAGAAGUCGAAUAGCAUUGAAGAGAUCUGCUGCUGGACUUUUUGUUUAUGCCAUUUAUCGGUUUAUCAGCCAGUUGACUACUUUGAUUUGAAGGUUUGUUUUUCCUCUCAGCAGCAUUCGUGACUAAACCGAAACACUGAGAAAGGGGACUCCAUGCGUUGGUCAACUUUACUGUCGAAUGUUAAUUUAAAUUUGUGUUUCUGCUUUGAAUAAAGUUUAAGUUUCAGCUGUAAA